GAUUAGGGCGGAGACACGCCCACUGAAGCGGCAAGGUUCCCGGAAGAAGGCAGUUUUUUCUCCGUGCCCGUCCCGCGAUACGCAGUUUCGUUGAUAAACCUAGGAUUCACCUGUUGGUGCUGGGCCUCUGGAAGCAGCCUUCGGGCUCCAUCUACUGAAACUCACGGACAGAACUAAGAAAAGGAAUAAAAAGGACCGUUUGGGGAAUUUUAAAUAAAAAAAAAAACUAGAGAUCCGAUGGACUACAUGGACAGUGGAUCGAAAUACACCCCAAAGAUGGGAAAAGAGUUCGAGUCUGUGCAGUUCCUUCAAGCAUCAGACAACAAAAAGCUGGAGAAGAAAAAGAGUCCGGGGAAGAGAGGCGCUCUGAUCGGAAUGGUGAUUUUAUCGACUGUUGUUGCUAUCAUGAUCGGAUUGCUGGUCUGGCAUUUCCACUUCCGUGAAAAUACACACGAGAGAAUGUACACCGGCUCAAUAAAGAUUGACAACCAGGUGUUUCAAGACGCCUAUGAGAACUCCAGCACUCCUGAGUUCAAGGCUCUGGCUGAGCAGGUGGUGAAACAGCUCAAAACCACUUACACCAAUGAUGCAAGGCUGAAGAAAUACUACGUCGGCUCUACAGUUCAGGCGUUCAGUGAGGGCAGCGUUAUUGCCUACUUCCUGUCGGAGUUUAAAAUUCCUGCGGGCCAAGAAGUAUUUGUUGACAUUGCUGUGUCUAGUUUGGACAACAAUGCGAGAAAAUCUGUAUCAUCACCGAACAGACAAGCUAAUCACCUGGAUAUUAAAGAAAUGAAGACCUCGGUGUUGGAUAAGAGAUUGUUGUCAUUUAAGGAACAAGCAUUUUUUUCAGAACAUACAAAGCCCAAUGAGAUUGUUUGGAUUAAGUCCCCUGGUUUCCCUGACUCUCCAUAUACCGAGAACACCUUCAACCAGUGGAAGCUGCGAGCAGACCGGGGAAACAUUGUCAAGCUCGAGUUUGACACCAUUAAUCUGGAGCCGGACUGCAAAAAUGACUUUGUGAAAAUCUAUGACUCUCUGGUGGCUACAGAGAGCCGUGCUUUGGUAGAAUUGUGUGGAUACUUUUCACCCAGUGCACCACCAACGUUUUAUUCUUCUGGAAAUGUCAUGCUGGUUACAAUGGGCACAAAUGAGGAACACAACUUCCCAGGAUUUCAAGCAAAGGUUUCACAAGUAUCACGCGGAAGUAUGAGUCAGAGCUGCGGUUCCAAACUGACGGGUAAAACAGGCAGGUUCUCUACCCCCAACUUUCCACACUACUAUCCCCCUAAUAUGGACUGUGAUUGGGAAAUCCAGGUCCCUGAGAAUAAAGUAGUGAAAGUAACUUUCGAAAUGUUCCUCUUGGCUGAGCCCGGCCAGGAGGACGGCAAGAACUGUAACAAAGACUAUGUGAUGAUUAAUAAUAAAAAACUGUGUGGAAAGAACCUUGAGGGGACACUAGUCGAAAUCAGCAAAACCAACGUAGUAAAAGUGCAAUUUCACUCUGAUAACUCCUAUGUGGACAGAGGCUUCACUGCGGUGUAUGAAGCCAUUGAAAGCACAGACCCUUGCCCUAAUCAGUUCCUUUGCAAGAAUCGCUGGUGUGUCAACCAUAACCUCACGUGUGACGGCUGGAAUGACUGCGGAGACAUGACUGACGAGUUGAACUGCAAGUGCAGCUCAGACAGCAUCACCUGUGCAAAUGGGUUGUGUAAGCCCAAGUUCUGGAAAUGUGAUGGCGUUAAUGACUGCGGAGACAACACAGAUGAGAUGAACUGUGGUGGAUGUUCAUCUGGAGAGUUCACCUGCAAGAACGGAAAAUGUGUCUCUGAGAAGAAACACUGCGACGGUAGCAAUGACUGUGGAGACAGUUCCGAUGAGCUUGACUGUGGAGGAAGGUCUGAGCUCCAAUGCACUGAUGUUACAUACAAAUGCAAAAACAACAAAUGCAUCAAUAAGGUGAACCCGGAGUGUGAUGGAACACCCGACUGUGGCGAUAGAUCUGAUGAGGAGAACUGUGACUGUGGGACUAAAAAGUUCAAGUCGGCGACACGUAUUGUGGGUGGACAAGACGCAGAUGAUGGAGAGUUUCCAUGGCAAGUCAGCCUCCAUGUCAAACGUUACGGACAUGUCUGCGGAGCGUCCGUCAUCGGUACCAAAUGGCUGGUCACUGCGGCCCACUGUGUGCAAGACGACGGCAACAUCAAAUUCUCAGAUCCCAAGUCUUGGGAGGUUUACCUCGGCCUUCAUAGCCAGCAGAAGCAAGGGUCUUCUCUUGUGAAAAGGAACCUGAAGCAGAUCAUUUCUCACCCUUCUUACAACCAUCACACCUUCGACAAUGACAUCGCCCUCAUGGAGCUGGAAAGUCCAGUCAGCUACUCAGACCACAUCCAGCCCAUCUGCUUACCAGCCCCCCAACAUGACUUUAAGACCGGCAACAAUGUGUGGAUCACAGGGUGGGGAGCAACCAGAGAGGGAGGAAGCGCUGCUGUGGUACUCCAGAAAGCUCAGGUCCGAAUCAUAAACAGAACAGUGUGUAACGAAUUAAUGAGAGGUCAAAUCACAUCCCGGAUGCUGUGUGCUGGAGUACUGACCGGAGGAGUGGAUGCUUGUCAGGGAGAUUCUGGCGGACCUCUGUCCAGUCCGGAAGGCAACCGUAUGUUCCUGGCAGGAGUGGUCAGCUGGGGCGACGGCUGCGCUCGCAGGAACAAACCAGGCAUCUACGCUGCGGUCACUAAAUUCCGUGACUGGAUCCAAGAGAAGACGGGAGUCUAGUCCACUUUUGCACAAGAUCAUUAAGGAUAUAAACUGCUUAUUUUUGAUCCAGUAAGACUCCAAACUGACUGCCCAUCCAGUGGAUUCAGUGAACUUCUGGUUCUAACUACAGUGGAGAAUUCACCCCUUGCUUUUACAGCAAGUGCCAUGCCUUUUUAAACUUACUGUGAUUAUGUUUUUAGGGUGAUGGUGAUUGGUUAACUGUUUUUAAUUGUACAUAGACAUUUUAUUUUUUUGUUUUUUUAUUAAGCUUUGAUGAAGAACAAAUGUUAUAUGAUGCAUAGGACGUAGUUUUAAGGUGCAGUUGUUACACAAAUUUAUAUUUGAGAGCAGUCUUCAUGAAUUGUGUGAAUAAAAACUAAUUGACCUCAAGCUCGUUCGAUCUUACCCCCUCUGUAUUGGUUAUUUAAGUCUAGCAGAAAUUACUUGACAAAUUUGUUCUUCACCUUUUCAUAAGUUUCCAUCAUGGAUAUGAUAUUUCCAGAGAACUACACUGCUUAUCAUAAGCUUCACAUGGUUAACGGUCAGGUAACAGUUCUAAAAUGAUUGUGUGUAUCUUUAGCAGUUUCCUUUUAAUAAAAAUAUUUUCUAUAA